AUGGACGAGCUCACCGUCACCCAGGCCUCCCAGGGCCUUGCCGUCUACCUCCUCAACGGCUCUGCUGACUCUGCGGAGCGGGGCGUGGUAGUCGGUCACGACCACCGCCACCACUCCCUCCGCUUUGCCCAGCUCACCGCUGCCGCACUCCUCUCCAAAGGGUUCAAGGUGUACUUGUUUGAAAAGCUGGCCGCCACUCCGCUGGUGCCCUACGCCGUGCUUUUGAAGAAGGCCGCAGCGGGUGUGAUGAUCACCGCGUCACACAACCCCAAGGACGACAACGGCUACAAGGUGUACUGGGAUAACGGCUGUCAGAUCGUUGCCCCGCAUGACAAGGGCAUCGCCAAGUGCAUCGAGGAGAACCUCCAGCCUUGGGACGUCGACGUCGACGCGCUGUUGAAGCAG